AUGUACGGAUCAUCGUCUAGCCAAAAACAUGUCCGUAGUCUCAAGGAUAUGGACAAUAACAGGAAUAAAGACACGGACACUCUGCAAUCCUCCAGCCAUUCUCAUCUCUCUGCCACCAGUCCAAUUCCUCUCAGUCGAGAACUUCUUGGUCAAUUCCAGGUUGCCAGAGUCUUCAAAGACAACUCUCGCCAUAUCACAUCUAUUGACUUUGAUGCUGAUGGAUACAGCUGUGUUACUGCUUCCGAGGAUGAAUCAAUUCGGAUAUAUGAUGUGCGCAGUGGAAAGAGCCGUAAUUGUAUAUACAGUAAAAAAUACGGAUGUGCCUUGGCUCGAUUCACUCAUCGAUCAACCAAUAUUAUUUAUGCUUCUACAAAAGAAGACGACGCACUGAGGUACAUGUCACUGCAUGAUAAUAAAUACCUUCGCUAUUACAAAGGACACAAAAAGCGUGUCGUGUCGCUUGUCAUGUCGCCACAAGAUGAUAGUGUUCUCUCUGCAAGUCUCGAUGACACGGUCCGGUUCUGGGAUUUACGAUCUCCAAACUGCCAGGGACCAUUUGCUACUUUUCCCAUAAAAGAUCCAAUUACUUUAGAUUUUGCUGCAGAAUGGACACACAUGUCAUUUUCAAAUGAUGGAAAAUUGAUUCUCAUCUCAACCACAUCUAAUGUCAUGUACAUUGUUGAUGCAUUCAAUGGAGGAAUUAAGCACCGACUUACGGGUCAUAUGAAUCAGAUGGGCAUGGCAUUUGAAGCAUGCUUCACACCAGAUGCGGAGUUUGUAAUCGGAGGAUCACAAGAUGGAAAAAUACACUAUUGGGAAGUCGAAACUGGAAACCAUAUUCAUGCCUUGGAAUGGCAUCACGAGCCACCAAAAGUUGUUGCAUUUAAUCCAAAACAUCUCAUGUUUGCAAGUGCCGACACAAAUCUAGCUUUUUGGAUUCCAUCAAUGUAA